GCUGUGCCGCUGAGCUAAAUCCCCAGCCCCUAAUACUCAUUUAUGGUUGACAACAGCAGAAAAGUAUUCUCUCACAGUUCUGUAAACCAAAUUCUGAGAUCAAGAUGUUCAUAGCGUUAUGCUCUCUCUGAAGGUUUUAUGAAAGGAUUCUUUCUUUCAAGGUCUUUUGCCCUCAGGCAUUGAUUUUUGGUAGCAUAAUUCCAAUCUCUGACGAUGGUCUUGUCUUUUUCUGUCUCUUAUAAGGUCAUUUGUCAUUGGACUUAGGGCCCGUUCUAAUCCAUUAUGAUCUUAUUUUAAGCUCUUUAACUUAAUUACAUCUAUAAAGCCCAUUUUUCCCCAAGUAAGGCUGCAUUCACUGCCUCAGACUAUUUAAACCUGAGUGUUUGAAGCACACACACACCUCCCCACCCCCACCCCCGUUUGAGCAGAGUGGUAUACAGUACUUAGUGCAGGUAACUGCUGUGGCUUGCCUCAUUGUAACAGUAAAGCAAGGGACAGAGAAUGCAUGCAAAAAUUUCUUGAAUUAAUAACUUUCUGGAGGAGGGUAAGAGUGUGUGGAGUUUGCAGAGGUGCAGCUUGAUUGCCCUGCUUGAAGAGGAAAUGUGAGGGUACACUGGCUCAGGCAAGGCUAUCAUAGACCCCAGGGUAGAGCUGAAUCUCCGGCAGGGAAGUUACAGCAGCAAAAAACAGACUCUAACACCAAGAGAACUACAAGAUCAAACACACGAUGCAGCACCGCCACGCGCAGCCGCAGAGGAAGACGGGCGAGACUUGCGCAGCCGCAGAAGGAGUCGGACGGAUCCACGCAGCCGCAGACAGACCCGGCGAGAGUCCCCGUUACUCUGUUCCGCGCUAUUUCGGCCGCGGGGGCCAGGCGGACCUUGUCCUCGAUCCCUUAACCCAGGCGACUGGGGCCGGCUCCGCCCCGCCUGCGCCGGGUGCCAGUCUUUCCCAGAGCCGCUGCCAUCAUGCUGCUGCCCGUGUUCACCCUGAAACUGCGCCACAAAAUCAGCCCUCGCAUGGUGGCCGUGGGGCGUUACGACGGGACUCACCCGUGCCUGGCGGCCGCCACCCAAGCGGGCAAGGUUUUUAUUCACAAUCCUCAUACACGGAGCCAGUAUUUCAGUGCGCCCAGAGUCUCGCAGAGCCCGCUGGAAUCUGACGUUUCUCUUCUGAACAUUAACCAGGCAGUCAGCUGCCUGACUGCAGGAGUACUGAACCCUGAGCUUGGCCAUGAUGUUCUUUUAGUGGGGACCCAGACUAAUCUUUUGGCUUAUGAUGUCUACAAUAAUUCAGAUUUGUUCUACAGAGAGGUAGCAGAUGGGGCAAAUGCCAUUGUGCUGGGGACACUGGGAGAUGUAGCCUCUCCUCUUGCAAUUAUUGGUGGAAAUUGUGUUCUACAGGGUUUUGAUCAUGAAGGAAAUGAUCUCUUUUGGACGGUUACUGGAGACAAUGUUCAUUCCUUGGCUUUGUGUGACUUUGAUGGUGAUGGGAAGAAAGAGCUUCUUGUUGGAUCUGAAGAUUUUGAUAUCCGGGUUUUUAAAGAAGAUGAGAUUGUAGCAGAAAUGACAGAAACAGAGAUCAUCACCUCUUUAUGCCCCAUGUAUGGCAGCCGAUUUGGGUAUGCCCUUUCCAAUGGCACAGUUGGAGUUUAUGACAAAACAGCCCGAUCCUGGAGAAUUAAAUCCAAAAAUCAUGCCAUGAGCAUUCAUGCUUUUGACCUUAAUUCCGAUGGAGUGUGUGAACUGAUAACUGGCUGGUCAAAUGGGAAGGUGGAUGCGCGAAGUGACCGGACUGGGGAGGUCAUCUUUAAAGACAACUUUUCUUCGGCAGUUGCUGGUGUGGUAGAGGGAGAUUACCGAAUGGAUGGCCACGUACAGCUAAUCUGCUGCUCCGUGGAUGGAGAAAUCCGGGGCUACCUGCCAGGCACAGCUGAGAUGAGGGGAAACCUCAUGGACACCAGCAUGGAGCAGGACCUGAUCCGAGAGCUGAGUCAGAAAAAGCAGAAUCUGUUGCUGGAACUCCGUAACUAUGAGGAAAACGCCAAGGCUGAAUUGAGUGGUCUGCCGAAUGAGGCUGAUGGGCAGAGGGACGUCAUACCAGCCAAUACCAGGCUCCACACCAUCUUCUCGGUCAAUCUGGGAAGCGAGACUCAAGCUGCACAUACAGAGUUGUGUGUUUCCACUUCAAAUGACACCAUCAUCCGAGCAGUACUGAUUUUUGCAGAAGGAAUUUUUGCAGGUGAAAGCCACGUGGUACAUCCCAGCAUCCACAACCUCUCCAGCUCUAUCUGCGUCCCAGUGGUACCACCCAAGGAUGUCCCCGUUGAUCUGCACUUGAAAGCCUUUGUGGGUUACAGAAGCAGCACCCAGUUCCACGUAUUUGAGUUGACAAGACAGCUGCCCCGGUUCUCCAUGUAUGCGCUGACCAGGCCAGACUCUGCGAGCGAGCCCAUCAGUUACGUUAACUUUAUGAUUACAGAACGGGCACAGAGGAUUGCUCUAUGGCUCAACCAGAACUUUCUGUUGCCAGAAGACACUAAUAUUCAGAAUGCACCAUUUCAAGCAUGUUUCACAUCUUUGCGGAAUGGUGGUCACCUCUGCAUAAAAAUAAAAUCUAGUGGAGAGAUUACUAUAAAUACUGAUGAUAUUGAUCUGGCUGGUGAUAUCAUCCAGUCAAUGGCAUCAUUUUUCGCUAUUGAAGACCUUCAAGUAGAAGCAGAUUUUCCUAUCUACUUUGAGGAGUUACGAAAGGUGCUAAUUAAGGUGGAUGAAUAUCACACAGUGCAUCAGAAGCUCAGUGCUGACAUGGCUGAUAAUUCUAAUCUCAUCCGAAAUUUGCUGGUCCGAGCUGAGGAUGCUCGUCUGAUGAGGGACAUGAAAACAAUGAAGAAUCGUUACAUGGAACUGUAUGACCUUAAUAAAGACUUGCUGAAUGGAUAUAAAAUUCGCUGUAACAAUCACACAGAACUAUUAGGAAACCUUAAAGCAGUAAAUCAAGCAAUUCAAAGGGCAGGUCGUCUGCGUGUUGGAAAACCAAAGAACCAAGUGAUAACUGCUUGUCGGGAUGCGAUUCGAAGCAACAACAUCAACACACUGUUCAGAAUUAUGCGGGUGGGGACAGCUCCUUCAUAGAAGAGUAAAUAAAGAAUCAAGGUCCUAGAAAAGGUUUUUCCUACAAUUCUAGGCUCUUUUGUCCUGGAUCAUGUCCAGGUGAACCCAGAUUGCUCAGAACGGAAAAAAAAAAAACCUUGGUGAUCUGCACAAAUUAAAUAUAAAGCAUUACAUCUGAAAAAAUGAAACCUCUUCCUAUUUUUGUUUAUAUAUACAAAGACAAUGCAUAAAUAUAUCUUUUUCCUUCAACUUGUAAUUGAAUUCAUAAUUUUCAAAUAGACUCUUUUUAUUAAAAUUAAAAUCAUACUUUGUUAUUGACUGAUUGUA